AGAAAAAAUGUCCUGAUUUUGCUAUGAAUUAUUAAAAAAUUAAAAAAUUAUUAAUGUAAGGAGUAAAGGAUUUUCCAAGCACGCACGCAUCAAAUGAUUGGGAUGGCCCGCAUCCUAUCAAACAGCACUUACUUAAAAAUCAGCUACGAUGAUCUGGCGUCGUCAUCGGAGCAUUAUUUCAAUGAUACGUACGUAGACGUCUUAGGAUCGACGAGCAUGUCGUCCGGCUCAUAUCGGGAUUCUCUGUACGUGGUAAUACCAGUGACUGUAAUCUACGCGGCAAUCUUCCUCACGGGCAUCAUCGGCAACGUCAGCACGUGCAUCGUGAUUGCGCGCAAUAAGUCUAUGCACACCGCCACGAACUAUUAUCUCUUUAGCUUGGCCGUAUCAGACCUGUUGCUAUUAGUGUCGGGUCUACCAGCGGAGAUGUACCUGGUCUGGUGCAAGUAUCCCUAUAUCUUCGGUGAGGGUUUCUGCGUACUGCGUGGCCUCGCAUCGGAGACAUCCACAAAUGCAUCAGUACUCACUAUUGCUUCCUUUACCGUCGAAAGAUAUGUGGCAAUCUGUCAUCCAUUCCUCUCGCAGACCUUAUCGAAUCUCUCCCGUGCGAUUAAACUGAUCCUGAUAAUAUGGCUAGUAGCGUUAUUGUUCGCACUACCACAAGCCUUGCAGUUUGGUGUAGUCCGACAUAACGAGCAUUCGGACAUGGUGAUGUGCACAGUCAAGAGAAUCAUCGUCAGCCACUCGUUCGAGCUCUCCACGUUCCUGUUCUUCGUGAUACCGAUGUGUCUGAUUACGUUUCUCUACGUGCUGAUCGGCCUCAAGCUCAGAAAGUCGAACAUGACUGUCCCAGGUAGAACUGAGUCGAGAAACUGCAGACAUUAUCCUGGACGAUCAUCUAGGAGAGUGUUAAAGAUGCUAGUUGCUGUUGUGAUAGCGUUCUUCAUUUGUUGGGCCCCAUUUCAUGUGCAGCGAUUGAUCGCUAUAUAUGGUACUAAUACAGAAGACCACAUCACAUCGAAUGGUCCAUGGAUGGAAUUUCUUUAUCUUCUAAUGACUUACGUGUCAGGCGUAUUCUAUUACGUGUCCACAACCAUCAAUCCAAUCCUUUACAAUAUUAUGUCGAACAAAUUUCGCAUAGCGUUUAUGGAGACAUUAUCGAAGAGCUUCAGACUCGCUGGAUUGCCAGCACAUAACGAGCAACGAUCCUAUUCUAGCUUGUCGCGAUCUCAACAAAAGAUCAUCGGCGCUUAUGGCUCAAGAAUAGCGGAAGCCAAUGGAGAAUCCGAUAUAAUUGCGGACAGCAAUUACACGGAAGGUUCGAGGAAUUCAUUGAAAGAGAGUCAACAACAGUCUAUACAUAAUCCAGAAAAUUUACCGAUAUCUACCAGAGUUCUGGAUGCAACUCAGACGAACUCAAUACGGAGCGAACACGCAAAAAACAGCAACGAUAUCCUGCCAAAGAAGAAUAAUCCGCGGUUAUUAUUAUUAACCAGCGGGCAUCACAAGAAUCGAUCAAUUCAUAGGAAUCAAGAAGCUUCGUGGAUAAAGAAAACAAAGUAUAAAAACGUGCACAUAAAAAUGUCCAAUAUAGAUAGUUCUGAUAAGAAAUGGUGGAGAUUUUUUAAGUGGUUCCCCGAUUUGAAAGUCCUCAGGUUUUCCAGGAGUUCGACCGUGCCUGAGGAUCGUGUGUUUGAUGAGAAUCCCCGCGAGGAGCUGUCGAUGACAAUGUGGAAUGUCCGUAAUAACAACAAACAGCGAUUUAUGUAUGUAGAACAUUAG